AUUUGGAUUUGGGUUUCAUUUCUUUACCAUAGUUGAAAUCAAUUACUCAGCAUAUUCUCACUGGGGCGUUUGGUGCAAUAAUCCGAUAAUUGAGCAUCACGCUGAAAGUAUUGUAUGAGAAGAACCACAGUAAUGUAAACAUGACUUCAAGACUGUUUCAUAACCAUGGCAACCAGACUCACUAUGAAGAAGAGAAUGAUGCCCUUUCUCAGCAAAACAAGUGGCUUCUAUUGUGUGAGAGUAUCAGUCUUGGGGUCAUUAUCAUCACAUCUCUUGUUGCCAAUAUGGUUGCCAUAGGAACGAUUAUGCGCCUGCGCAGUCUUAGGAACGUCCCUCAUCAUCUUCUUGUCUUGAAUCUCAGUAUUGCCGAUUUAGGGAUCACACUUACCAGCAUGCCUUUCGCCCUUUAUUCUAUCUUCGAUGGUGGUGUUCUUUUGAGAAGCAACGCAAUACUUUGCAAGGUCAACGGUUUCUUUGCAACAAUGUUCACCCUUGCCAACUUUCCGACAGUGCUUGCCAUAGCCAUCGAUCGAUUCUUGAUAGUCGUCUAUUCCAGCCGUUUCCCACCAAACACCUUCCGGAUAUUCCUAAUGAUCACCAUUUCAUGGUGUUCAGCUUUUAUCAUGGCCUUCAUGCCCAGUGUUCAUGUCCUCUCCAAGUAUUCCUACUCACCAAACACAUGGCACUGCUCUCCUAGGUGGGGUCACAACAUCUUCCGUAUCGCUUGUGCCAUUUUAAUCUUUGGGCUGGCGAUUCCGAUGGUUGCCGUCUGCUACGCGGCGAUUGUGUACUUCAUCUGGAACAAGCAACAGCUUCUUAGGUCAUACAGCAAGAGGGAACAACAAGUUUUCAAGGAUCGCAGAAGGAAGUCACGAGAUCAAAAACCGUCCGUGCCAAGAUGCUACAAAUCGACAGUGACCUCGUUUCAGCCAUCUCCAUCACCUGCAUCCUGUGAUGAAGUUGGUGAGUUAUGCAGUUUAGAACAGCAAUCCGGAUGUCAACCAGAUGAUCUACAGGAUGCUCAGAUGAAAUACAAUCAAGAGAACAAGACCAUACCUUAUCUCACAAAACUGCAGAAUCCAACCUGUGAGGAGGAUUUUAAAGAAGAAGCUUUAAAUACCGAGGCUCCAUUAGAACCACGCAAUAUUGAUAAGUUGGAUAAGAGAUCUUUUCGCAGUGUUGCCGUAGUUGCAGAAUCAGCGAAGACAUCGGCUAUUGUGAACAAGUCCCUGACACAAUUUACCGCCUUGUCUGAACCAAGCGGGGAGGAAUCUGAUGUCGUUGGUCAAGAUCGUGAUCGAAAGAAGCAGCAUGAAGCCAGACAGAGACAAUUCUCUGCAGACAAGAGGGUUGCAGUAAUGGGUGCCCUCCUCGUCUUAACCACACUAAUCUGCUGGAUGCCCUAUCUCCUUGUCCAUUCAAACUACAUCCGGGUCAACGAAGGUCAUUGGUUUGGUGUCUUUACCAUGUUACUGGGAUACACAAAUGCCAUUUGGGAUCCGCUUAUUUAUACUUUUAUCAACAAGCAAGCCAGGAAGGAAUGUAAGAAAUACUUCCGGUUCAUCGCAACAUCCUCUAGAAGCCUUCGCGGUUCGGUCGUCAAACAAAACUGAGGGAACUUUAUAUCUUCAUUUGAUCUCAUACUAUACAAGCUUUUAUAUGAUUAUGUACUUAACUUUAUUCAAUGAAUAUACUCUGAAAGAAGUUUUUCUGCAGAGAGCGUCAGGUAUCAUUAACGGGAUAAGUUGUGUUCAUUCACCUCAAAUUGUGAUUAAUAAGUCCGUUGUUGACCCCGGGAUAGAUGAGGGGAUGAGGGCACUACUAUUACAAGUUGUCAUUUUUUCAAACAAUCUGUUUAUGAUGACAAACCUUAUGCUAUUUUAAGGUUAAUAUAUUUGUGAUACACUCAUUCUAUGAUUCAUUCCAAAAACAGUAAACGAUUUUAUGUUUGUUAUGUUAUGAGAAAUUGUUUUAUACGAAUCAUAAUAAAAUGUAUGCAGAAGAGAACAUUAAAUCAAAUCAAUCAUACAGAAUAGGUAGAAUACUCGCAUGCAAAAAAGCACUUAGGGUUGACUUUCACGGCCAAGUG